UGCCUAGGCCACAUGAUGAAUUUUCCAGAAUUACUGUAAGGUUUGUCUGACCAGUGACUUAAGUACCAGUGAAUUCAAGUUUCUGAACCCUAUGAACCCUGAAGGGAGUUGUAAUGUGGGGUUCGCAGGUAGUUUCUAACCAUAACCAACAGUUUUUGCAACUGGACCAGAAGACAAGAUAUUUACUUCUAAAGGAGAAACUAAACCAGGAGGAGCUGUGAGGUCCUACUGAGAUCUGUCUGCUUCCUUUCCAAAUCUUACUAGAAAACCCUUGCAGUUCUUCUGGACUGAAUUCCAAGUGAAAGAUAUAAAUUAAUUCAUCUACUUUCCUGGAUCCUGACAUGCUCCUGAGAAUAUCAGAAAACACCAUGACAGUAUUUCUCUUUAAACAACACUCAGGACUUGGAUCUUGGCAUCUUUAUAUUUACAUCAUCAGCCAUAACUUUCAUUUUCUCUUUCAUACUCACACCUACUGAGACAGCAGUGAUGGCAGAAAGUUCCCAGCGUGAAUCCCUCCUGAAGUCUUCCAUAACCGAAGUGUGGUUCACUGAUUUGGAUGUUAAUGACAAUGCAACUGUCAGUCGAGAUAACAAGUGUAAAUUCCAGAGAACCACUCCAUUACCUCACUAGAAAUGACUUUCUCUCCUCAAGAUUUAGAUGCUGUAAUCAAUUGCAAUAUUCUUCAUGCCUUAUUCCAUGCUUUAGAUGAAAUCAUUCAAACAUUUGGAGUCUCUCCCAUCUCAGGAGAGAUUUCAUUUGAAAAAAAGUGGAUUUUGAGUCAAUAGUAGAUAUUGAGGCCACAGACCUCAAGGCCCUUUCUGGAAAAUACACUGUUGUAGUUUAAGUGAUGAAUCUAAAUAACAAUUUUUUUGGAACUGACUAUAUCAUCAUUAAUCAGUCUUUCCCCAGAGAACAUUCCUGAGCACAUGGUUGCUGUCUUCAUUAUCCAAUAUCAAGACUUAGGAGACAAUGGAAGGAUGACUUGUUUCAUCCCAUGAAAAUAUCCCUUUCCAUAGAAAGCUAUUUGAAAACUUUUAUCCUCUUAAAAUGAAGGAGACACUGGAUAGAGAGAGCAGGUUUGAGUACAAAUAUCACCAUUACCAUCAUGGAUUUGGGGUUCCCAAGACCCAAAAGACCCAAGACUUGUCAAAAAAGACAAGACCAUGAAGACAAUAUCAUGGUACUGAUAUUUGAGAUCCCUGGCAGUCUUCCAGUAUCUACUCAAGCAUCCUAUAUACUCUAAUUUCCAGAAAGUAGUGUCCCUUCUUUUCAUAUUGGCAAUAUCAAUGCAAGUAACAGGCAUUCAGUAACUGAUGCUAAAGUCACUUACUUGUUGCUGCAUACAUGAGAAUGAUAACUUUCUACUGGAGACAAACAGACUUAAAGUAAAAAACACCCAAGUUCAAAUUUAGCCUCAGACAUUUGCUAGCAUUAUUUUGGCUAAGCCACUUAACCAUGUUUGCCUCAGUUUUCUUAUCUGUAAAAUGAAUUGGAGAUGAAAAUGGCAAACCGUUCCAGUGUCUUAAUCAAGAAAAUCCCAAAUGGAAUUAUAGUUGAAUACAACUGAACAACAAUAAUAAAGGGAUACUUAAUAUUUGAUAGAAAUACAAACAUUCCACUAUCUUAGCCAAGAAAAUCUCAAAUGGAAUCAUGAAGAGUUGGAUACAGCUGAACAACAACAAUAAAGGGAUACCUAAUAUUUAUUAGAAAUACAAACAUUAAAGGAGUAAAUGACUAUCACACCGUCAAAGAAUGGGAUUUUGUUUUGAUUUAAGAAUAUAGACCAUCUAUAAUAAUGAUAAAAUGAAUACAACUGGUUGUAGUAUAUGCCCUGAUAGGUUUUUAAUAGAAGUAAUAUAAUCAUUUUCCACAUUUAUCAAUUACCAGUAUUCAUAGAAGAUAAUAAAUCACAAUUCUAAUCUUUUCCUCCCAAAUUUCACUAAUUGAAUGACUCAGUUCUUUUACAAGAGAGGUUUUAUGCGAAAAGAUUGUUACCCUUUUGGGCACCUGGUGGCGCUGCAGGCUAAGAAGGCGAAGAAGAGCCCAACUUUACAUCAGAACAAAAGCAGAUUUAGGGGGAAAAAACUCAUACAAGCUGACGCUUUGUAAGGAGGAGCUGAGAGCUCAAACCCGAGCUUCCUGAGACAGCAACUCACGCCUGACAAUUGGAAUUAGAAAGAAAAAGGCAAAAUUUCCUGAAAGGACCACACAUCCAAGACACAAUGAAGCCAAACAGGCAAGUGAUAUGUUUUGUUAUCUUAUUGUGGGUUUGUGAGGCGACCUCAGCAACCGGGAGGUUUUCUGUGGCGGAGGAAAUCGAGGUCGGUUCCUUUGUGGCCAAUGUGGCAAAUACUUUAGGGUUGGAGGUAAGGGAACUGUCGGCCCGCGGGGCCCGAGUCCUCUCUGAAAACAAUCGGCAUUAUUUACAGCUUAACCUUGAAACUGGGGAUCUGUUCCUGAGAGAAAAACUGGACCGGGAGCAGAUAUGUGGUCCCGUGGAACCGUGUCUGUUGCCUUUUCAGAUGUUACUGGAAAAGCCUUUUCAGAUUAUUCCUGUCGAACUUUGGGUCCAAGAUAUAAAUGACCAUUCACCCACUUUCUUAGAAACUGAAAUGAUUCUGAAAAUCCCUGAGAAUACCCCACCAGGAACUCUGUUUUCUUUAAAAAACGCUGAGGAUUUGGAUGUAGGCGAGAACAAUAUUCAGAACUACACGAUUUUCCCUAGUUUUCACUUCCAAAUUCACACUCGCUCGAGCGGUGAAGGUACUAAGUACCCAGAGCUGAUGUUGGACAAAGCUCUGGAUCGGGAAGAGUAUCCUGAGAUCAGAUUAACUCUCACAGCUUUAGAUGGCGGAUCCGUACCUAAGUCUGGGACUGCCGAAGUGCGGGUUCUAGUUAUGGAUAUUAAUGACAACGCCCCUGUGUUUGUCCAGUCCCGGUAUGAAGUUCAGGUGCCUGAGGACAGCCCCAUUGGCUCCCUGGUUGUCAUUGUUUCUGCUAGAGAUUUGGACAUGGGAAAUAGUGGACAAAUAUUGUAUUCACUUUUUCAUCGUUCUGAAGAGAUUAGCAAAACUUUCGAAGUAAAUCAGAACUCAGGAGAAGUGAGGAUGAGAAAAAAACUUGAUUUUGAGACAGUUCAGUCAUAUGAAGUGGAUAUUGAAGCCACAGAUGGUGGAGGUCUUUCUGGAAAAUGCACUGUUGUGGUCCAAGUGACAGAUGUGAACGACAAUCCCCCAGAAGUCACUAUAUCUUCACUGACGAAUCCUAUCUCUGAAAACUUGCCAGAGGCGAUGGUAGCUGUAUUUAAAACUCGAGAUCGGGACUCUGGGGAUAAUGGAAAGAUGGUUUGCUUUAUCCAAGAUGACCUCCCCUUUGUCCUGAAAGCAUCUGUAGAUAACUUUUACACUCUGUUAACCAAGAGAGCACUGGACAGAGAGAAGAGUGCUGUGUACAACAUUAUCAUCACCGUAACGGAUUUGGGUACACCAAAACUAAAAACUGAACACAAUCUUACGAUCCUGGUCUCUGAUGUCAAUGACAAUCCACCAGUAUUUACUCAGCCAACGUAUAUACUCUACCUCCAGGAAAACAACAUCCCUGCCCUCCACAUUGGUAGAGUUAGUGCUAGUGACAGAGACUCAGGGACCAAUGCCAAAGUCACUUAUUCACUUCUGCCUUCUGAAUUCAGAGACUUAUCCCUUUUUUCCUACAUAUCCAUCAACUCAGACAAUGGCUAUCUGUACAUCUUGAGAUCCCUGGAUUAUGAAGCCAUUCGAACUUUCCAGUUCACUGUGAAGGCAACUGAUGGUGGUUACCCAGCCCUAAGCAGUCAGGCUGUAGUGAAAGUCAUGGUCCUUGAUGAGAAUGAUAACUCUCCCUUCAUUCUGUAUCCUCUACAAAAUGGCACAUCACCAUGCAGUGACCUGGUACCCAGGUCAGCAGAGCCAGGAUACCUGGUGACAAAAGUGGUGGCUGUAGAUGGGGACUCAGGACAGAAUUCCUGGCUUUCCUACCAGCUGCUCAAGGCCACAGACCCCAGUCUUUUCACUGUAUGGACCCACAAUGGGGAAGUGCGCACUGCAAGGCCUAUCAAUGACAAAGAUAACAUCAAACAGAGACUCUUGGUGCUGGUGAAGGACAAUGGGGAACCACCACUGUCCACAGCAGCUACAUUGAAUGUACUCCUGGUGGAUGGCUUCUCUGAUCCUUAUGUAAAGCUCUCUGAUGUACCUAAUGACAGCACUCAGGAUGACACCCUUACAAUCUACUUAGUAAUUUCUCUAGCUUCCAUCUCCUUUCUCUUCCUGUUCUCUUUUAUCCUGUUCAUUGUAAUGCACCUGUGGAGAAAAAAAAGGGGUUCUGGAGAUAAUGUGCGUUUUGAUUUAAAUGGAGUAUAUCCUAACCACUUAGUGGACUUCAGUCACUCUAGUACCCUGUCCCAGAGUUGCCAAUAUGAAAUAUGUCUGAACAAUGGAUCUGGAACCAAUGAAUUCAAAUUCCUGAAACCAUUAAUUCCUAGUGUCCCUCCUCAAGCCUCUGUCAGUGAAUGAAAAGAAUAUCUAGUUUUCCAAAAUAGCUCUAAUUUGUUCAGAAUUACUUCAGACAAGAAGAAAGAAUUCAUUUAUACGGAAUAUAAUAAGUAUUUUUUUCACUCGGAUACAGCAAUGGCGACUACUGCAGGACAAGUGCAAUGGAACAGGCAAGUAAUAUUCUUUAUUGUAAUUUUACUGUCGUCUAAGGCAGCUUCAGAGCCGGAGCGGUUUUCUGUGGCAGAGGAGAUGGAGAGCGGCUCUUUUGUGGCCAAUGUGGUGAAAGCUCUGGGACUGGAAGUGGGGGAGUUGCAUGCGCGGGGUUCCCGGGUAACCUCUAACCAUAACAAACAUUUUUUGCAAUUGGAUUCGAAGACGGGCAAUUUAUUUCUAAAAAAGAAACUGGACCGGGAAGAGAUAUGCGGCCCUACCGAACCUUGUGUAUUGCCUUUCCAAAUCUUACUAGAAAACCCUUUGCAAUUCUUCCCGAUCGAACUCCAAGUGAAAGAUAUAAAUGACAAUUCACCCACUUUCUCGGACCCAGACAUGUUCCUGAGAAUAUCAGAAAGCACUGCCUCAGGGACUCCUUUCCCUUUAAAGAUCGCUCAGGAUUUGGAUGUUGGUAUUAACAGCCUUCAAAACUACACCAUCAGCCAUAAUUCGCAUUUUUUCCUUCACACUCACAUCCGCAGCGAUGGCAGAAAAAUUCCGGAGCUCGUCUUGGAUAAAGCUCUGGAUCGUGAGGAGCAACCAGAGUUCACGCUAAUCCUCACAGCUAUGGAUGGUGGGUCUCCCCCGAGGUCUGGGACAGCCCGAGUGCGGAUCACCGUUGUGGAUGUUAAUGACAACGCGCCUGUGUUUCUUCAGUCAAGGUAUCAAGUGCAGAUUCCAGAGAACAGCCCCAUUGAUUCACUAGUAGUGACUGUCUCUGCUCGAGAUUUAGAUGCUGGAAUCAAUGGAGAUGUCGUUUAUACUUUAUUCCAAGCUUCGUAUGAAGUCAGUCAAACUUUUGGGGUCGACCCCAGCUCAGGAGAGAUUCGACUGAAAAAACAAGUGGAUUUUGAGUCAAUUGAGAAAUAUGAGGUUGAUAUUGAAGCCACAGACAUUGGGGCUCUUUCAGGAAAAUGCACUGUUUUGGUCCAAGUGAUGGAUGUGAACGACAAUUUCCCAGAACUGACUAUGUUGUCACUAACGAACCCUAUUCCAGAGAACAUUCCUGAGAGUGUGGUCGCUGUUUUCAGCAUCAGAGAUCGUGACUCUGGGGAAAAUGGAAGGAUGAUUUGCUCCAUUCAAGAGGAUCUUCCUUUCUCCUUGAAGUCUCACUUGGAGAACUUCUAUUCAAUAAUAACAGAGGGAGCUCUAGAUAGAGAGAGCAAGGCUGAGUACAACAUCACCAUUACUGUCAUAGAUUUGGGGUUCCCAAGACUGAAAACUGAGCACAACAUCACAGUGCUUAUUUCUGAUAUCAAUGACAACCCUCCGGUAUUUAUUCAGACAAUGUACACUCUGUACCUCCCGGAGAACAGCAGCCCCGCUCUCCAUAUUGGCAGCAUCAGUGCCAGAGAUAGUGAUUCAGGGAUCAAUGCCAAAGUCACUUACUCCCUGCAACCUCCAGAGACUGGAGAUCUUCCCCUCUUCUCUUACAUAUCUAUAAAUUCAGACAACGGGUAUCUCUAUGCCCUGAGAUCUCUUGAUUAUGAAGCCAUCCAAACUUUCCAGUUCACUGUGACGGCAACUGAUGGAGGCUCCCCGGCCUUGAGCAGCCAGGCUGUCGUUCGAAUUGUAGUUCAGGAUGAGAAUGAUAACUCUCCCCUUGUGCUGUACCCCCUGCAGAAUGGCACAGUUCCCUGCAAUGACCUGGUGCCUAAGACAGCAGAGCCCAAUUAUCUGGUCACAAAGGUGGUGGCUGUGGAUCAGGACUCAGGACAGAAUUCCUGGCUUUCCUACCAACUGCUCAAGGCCACAGACCCAGACCUCUUUAUUUUGUUGGCCCAUAAUGGGGAAGUGCGAACUGCACGGCCUAUCAGAGACAGAGAUAUGAUCAAACAGAGACUUUUGGUGCUGGUGAAGGACAAUGGGGAACCACCUCUAUCCACAAUGGCUACACUGAAUGUGCUUUUAGUGGAUGGAUUCUCUGAGCCUUUUGUAAAGCUUUCAGAUGAGCCCAAAGACGAGCCCCAGAAUGAUUCCCUCACAAUCUACUUGAUCGUUUCUUUGGUUUCUGUCUCCUUCCUCUUCUUAGUCUCUGUCAUCCUGUUCAUUUCCAUAAGGCUAUGGAGGAAAAGAAAUUCAGCAAAAGGUGAUCGUUUAGGACCCAACUGCCAAUUUUCAGGGCACUUGAUGGAUGUCAAUGACACUGGGACCCUAUCCCAGAGUCACCAAUAUGAAGUGUGUUUGGCCACUGGCUCUGGGAACACUGAUUUCAACUAUCUGAGGCCAAUUAUUCAGAGUUUCACUCCUCCAAUCUCUGACAGGAAAUCUGAGAAAAAUCAAGGAGUCCAAAGUACCUAUAUGCUUGAUUACAUGUAAGAAUUCUUCAACUUAUAUUUAACAUGUAAAUUGUGUAAAAUUUAAGUAGUUCUGUGUCUAGCUGCUUAGAUACUCAAAUUUCCUAGGUCUGUGGUCUUUACACAUGUGCUCAACAAUUUGAUUCCUAAUAGUCAGUACUAGAUCCACAUCAUAGACAGAAAAACUUUUUACUGGUGAUUUUCCUUAACAGCAAUUUUAGCUAGCUAACAAGUUGAAUAUAUAGUAUUCUUACAUUUAUAUAGUCUAACUGUCAAUGUUGACUUAUUAAUUCUAUUAAACUUUUAAGUAAUAAAAUGGAAAGUUGAAUUGUCUUCCCUCUUAACUUUUUUUAAUUAGAUUUUUUGGGGGAUUAAUUUCAGUUUUAGAACUUUUGUAUACUUUCCCCCAAUAUCUGUAUGUUUAUCUUAUACUUCAUAGGUUUGGGUUUGUGAAGUUAGUACCCUUGCAGGGGUUUACUUCUUUAAUAGGCUAAUUGAUUUUAGAAGUGAGUUGCCUGUUUUAAAUAAUAGAUUCAUUUCAUUAAUUUAGUACUUCCUUCUGAAAAUGGUAUCAAUCACAGGAAAGAUUUGUUCUUUAUUAUGUUUGGGAAUUCCAAAAAAAAAAGAAAGCAGUAUGUAUAAAUGAUAGCCCAUCUAGGCUCAAAAAGAUGAAGACAUUUGCUCAUGGUCACCAAAAUUAGUUAACGUCAAAUGCAGGAUUUAAAUCUAGCUCUUCCUGGGUCUUUAUCCAGUAUUUUACCCACAAUGCUAUGAUGAUUGUUCUUUCAGAAUAUCUCUCAGAAAUGAUUAUUGUUCUCAAAAAUGAGUUACCUGUAAUUAUAAUUUUUUCCAUUUAAGUUUCAGAAAUUGAAAGAGAAGUUUAAAAUUAAAUGGCCUUGUAAGAGGAAUAUCUGUUAUGGAACUAAAACUGAUUGUAGCAUAGCAAGAGUGGGGAAAAUAGGAGCUUGUAGUGGCUUGGAUUAAAGAAGAUCCAUUGCUAUUUCAACUGAGUCCUUCCUUGACCUGAAAUUAAUUUUAUAAAAACUUGAUAUAUCUUUAAGCUUUCUCUGGUCUUAGUUUCACAAUCUAUAAUAAAGAAAAAUUUGAACUACAUGAACUACAGCAGUGUGCAAACUUAUUGAGACAACCAAUUAACUUAAUAAGGUUUUACUUUGUGACAAUAAAUUGUAUACUUCUAUUAACUCAGUAAGCUAACUCAGACCUUGACCAGAAAAAAAAAUAAUUGAGCUGAACUUUAGGUUUGUAUCAGUUGAGUGUGGAAUUUCAUAGCAUACAUGAGUAUUUCAUUACUGCUUUUGAUUAGUUUUUAAUUAGUUUGAUUAGGUUUAAAAGUAUGGCUACUGCCCCAAGAAAUGAAGAAAAGUCACAGCUCUUAAAAAAACACAUUUCAGUGGCGUAGAGACAUUACAGUGUCUAUUUGUAUUGAAAAGUCAAACAUUUCAAGAAUCACAUAUGGUCACAAUAAGUAAGAAUCAAUCACAUUUAAAUUUUUUUUUAAUUUUCAUUUUCCCUAGUUAC